UCUUAGUGUCAGUGUUCCGGGCUAUGAAAGUGAGCCCAGAGGUUUGCACGCAGUGAGUGCACCGCCGGCCGGGAUGGAGGGAGAUAAGACAUCGAAGUCUUCCCGGGUGCUGCAGCUCUUCCAGCAUCAGGGAGCGCUGGAGCUGCUGGUCUUCAACUUUCUGCUCAUCCUCACCAUCCUCACCAUCUGGCUGUUCAAGAACCGACGAUUCAGGUUUCUGCACGAGACUGGAGGAGCCAUGGUGUAUGGUUUGGUAAUGGGAUUAAUAAUACGAUAUGCAACAAAAUCCUAUGAACAGGGGAACGGAGCUGUGUAUGACUGUGAGAGCCUGAAGAGCAAUCCUGCAAUGCUGCUGAUUAACGUCACAGACCAUGUCUACCAGUAUGAGUACCGGGGGGAGAUCAACAAGCACAAUGUUUACAAUGACCAGGGAAAUGCUAUGCUGCAGAAGAUGACCUUUGAUCCUGAGGUUUUCUUUAAUGUACUCCUGCCUCCGAUAAUCUUCCAUGCUGGAUACAGUUUAAAGAAGAGACAUUUCUUCCGCAAUCUGGGAACUAUAAUUACAUACGCGUUUUUGGGAACUGCCAUCUCUUGCAUUAUGAUUGGGUUGAUAAUGUAUGGCUUUGUUAUGGCCAUGAUGCAUCUGGGACAGAUACAGACUGGCGACUUUCACUUCACUGACUGUUUAUUUUUUGGCUCUUUGAUGUCUGCAACGGAUCCAGUGACGGUGCUGGCUAUCUUCCAUGAGCUGAACGUGGAUACUGACCUGUACACCUUGCUGUUUGGAGAGAGCGUCCUGAAUGAUGCAGUUGCCAUUGUCCUUACUUAG